AUGGACACCUUGUUGAUCUGCAGCAUUCUGAGUCUGCUGGUGUCUGCCAAAGGAGACCACCAUGCCUCCACAGAUGACGGCUGGUCCAUGAACGUGCAGGCAGAGGUACGAGCCAUCGAGGGUUACCCAGUGGUUCUGCCGUGCACCUUCAGCCAUCCGCAGCACAUCUACCACCCCACCCUGCAGGCUGUGUGGCGUCUGGGCCAUGGCGCUGCUGCCAUCGUCCUCUACCGCUGCACCAGCCGAGCCAGCUCUCAAACUUGCGAGCCAAGACCGCGGCAGGACCAGCGCUAUCGCCUGGAGGGCAACCCUCGGCAACACGACCUCUCCCUGCGCAUCAACAGUGCUGCCCUGCAGGACAAUGGACGCUACUACUGCAGAGUGGAGGUGGGACAUGAACACCACGGCUAUGAGGACAAGAUGGGUACCAGACUCAGAGUGGAGGCUGCUCCGCGGAUCCUGGCUAUGUCAGUAGAGGGCAAUGAGGAGUCAGGGUACCGGGCUUUGUGUCGGGUUCAGGGUUCUCCUCUGCCAGACAUCCAGUGGUUCGGUCCAAAUGAGAUCCUGGACGACGCCUCUGUUGGCCCACAGGCCCAGAACUCGCCAGCUCACCAGAUAGUCAGCCAGCUGGCAGACGUGGUGCCAGGGCAGCAGUACACCUGCAGUGCCUCCAAUCCGUUGGGGAAGGAACGGGCCACACUGUACGUUCUGCCCCCCCGACAGGAACCGCUGCCCGCCGGGGAAACUUCACCUCCUCUGCUGCUCCUGCUGUCUCUCUCUCUGGGGGCAAAGGUUAUCCUCCUGGUCGGCCUGUGGGGGGCGCUGGGCAGAGCACUGCCUGGCCUCCGCUGCCACUGGAAAUGA